AUGCAUACCGUCCUCGACAUCAUCCAUGCGGCCAAUAAGGUCUCCGACCAUAUUGAGGAUGCUCACGCUCGUUCAGGCAGUGCUCCCGACCUUUCGCCUAAGGAGCAUGUUGAAAGCAUCAUCGCCAAGAACCGGACCAAGCCUUACCUAAAGAACUACAACGCAAUGCUCAACACUAUUCCCAUCGUUGGGCUUAAGGGCGACAACAUCAUGUACACCGAGACCAAGAGCCGCGGCGUUCUCGGCGUAGAGGAGGAUUGGUCGGUCUUUGGCCGUAUCCCCGAAAACGUCAACAUCGACAGCAGCAAAGCCGUUCAUUUUUUCCCUUACAAGGGAGACUUUUGCAUGUCCAUCGGUACCGCCAUCUGGCGCAGGAAGCAUCGCGAUGACAGGGACCCCGAGGUCAAGAAGGCAGUUGAUAACUGGCCGAAACUGUACGUCGAGUCCUGGGAAAAAGUAGGCGACAACUGUCUUCCGGUUGGCAACGCCUGGAGUAUCCUCCCGUUUGCACGUCUCUCCGGCAAAGACAUUCGCUUCCAUCUCGUAGUUCUGGGACAGGACGGUCGCCUGCUAUCUCUGAACGGCGACCUGGCUGGAAGCAACAACUCGUUCACGGAGCUUAAGAACGGCUCCGACGCCAAGAACAAGGCAGCGGCUGCUCUCAGCAUCAAGCAGGCGGCCUACUUCAAUGGAAAUAUUGUGGCCUACGACAGUGGCAGCAACACUUGGAAUCUCGACGUGGAUUUCGAUGCUGCAACCUUCACUGCUUCGGACCAAAUGGCUGUGGACCCGCUCUUCGAGCUGACCGCCACUGACAUUGGUCCCGUUGCUGUUCAGACCGACGGCUGGAUCUAUCGUCGCCGCCUCGAGACGGUCAAUGAUCCAUCGGACAAGACCGCUAAGAACGACAAGAAGGCUGGUUGGCAGCGGUGGAUCCAACAAAAGGGCGUCACGCACCUCGGCGUGGCCUCCCCUGGUGUGAUGUUGGACCUGGAGACACUCACGGGGUCUCUGCGGGACCGUUACAUGGACACUCAGAAGUGCAUUUACCCUGUGGUCAGCAAGCUGCAGACAUUUGCUACCAACCAAGAGCUUUUCCUCAAGAAGCAACUUGAGACGGCUGAAGAGUACCAGAAGAACGAGGACAGCGCAGCGAAGCAAAAGAUUGCCAUCAAGGAAGCGAAAAAGCUUGUUAUGCAGACGAAGAUCUGGGCUACAAUCAUGCGCAAGCAGUCCAGCUCUGUCAAAGACACCGUCAACGGCAUGGGUACCGAUCUCUCUUCGGUCCGUACCCAGCUCGACCAACAGCUCAUUGUUCUUCGCGAUAAGCUUGUCUCGCUUCAAGCUCAGAUUAAGGCCACAAAGGAAGCCAAGGCAAAGAUGGAUGCUGCCUUCUGGGGUUCCAUUGGUGUGAUGCUCCUUGGCAUUGGUCUUGCAGUUCUCGGCGCUGUGACUGGUGUUGGUGUCAUCGCUUUGGGCAUUGUCGGCGGCGCGUUGUUUGCCGGCGGACUUGUGGCGGCUUGCCACUUUGGCAGCGAGUCAGCAAAGCUUGCUGGGCAGAUCGAGGACUUGGAAGCAGAGGCGAGGGGUGUACAGCAAGCCAUCACUGACAUAAAGUCCGUGGCGGACAGAUUUGGUGACCUCGAGAAGAUGUACGAGAAUCUCAACAUGUUCUGGGGCCGUAUGUUCAAUGCCGCCUCGAGUCUUGGCGGCAUGAACGAGGCCACAGCGCUCCAGAUCGGCGCGGGCGUUCUUGAGGACACAACAUCCAUCGAGGCUUCGAUCAGUGUUGUGACCAAGAUGAAGAACGGCUGCGCGACCUACCUUGCUGUCUUGAACAGAACCGGCAUCAAGAUUCCCCGGGAUGAUUCUGACGACGACUCGGACAAUGACGAUGAUGAAGCUACCGACGUUGAGCUGCAGUCACUCGAGACUUCGCCUGUCGACCCGGGAUUCAAGAACCUCGUUCUCUUCAACAAGCAGGUCAAUAUCGCCACGCAAGCUUUGGAGAACGAUCAGUUCAACGAGUAUGUGAAGCAUCUCGAGGUUGCAGACCUCAUUGACGUCUACACUGGGCAGAUGGGAAUUGCGCCCGAAACCGUCGCUCAAGUCUUGGACGAAGCUCGUCAGCGGGAGGGGGCCGAGGCGGCGGACAUUUUCGGUGAUCUUGCCAACUUUGCCCGCUUCACACCUCUCGGGAUGGCCGUCGGAAUGGUCGAACAGGCUGUGUCACGCGAUGUUGACCUUGAGUCAGCGCCUCAAGAUGAACAGAGGGAAUCAGGUGACAUCUUUGGCAUUUUGGCCGAUUUUGCGAGGGUCAGUCCCGUCGGUAUGAUUGUAAACACGAUCGGGACAGCGGCUGAGGCCGUUGCCCGUGAUGUUGACCUCAAUGAACAGCCGGAAAGCACGCAGUCAAACGGCAAAGAGUCUGCUGAUAUCUUUGGCGACUUGGCCAACUUUGCUCGCUUCACCCCCAUGGGGAUGACCGUCAACCUUGUGUCGGACGCCUUUUCGCGCGACGUCGACCUUGAUAUCCCUGAGACUCAAGUCCAGUCGCACGAGUCUGCGGACAUUUUCGGAGUCAUUGCCGACUUUGCGCGCUUCACUCCCGUUGGGUUUGCGCUGGGAGGUCUUCAGCUCGACAGCCCGAACCCAGUACAAAACUGGUUUUUGAAGAACACAAUCGAUGCGGCAACGAACAUCUUUGCCACUGCGGCCCCGUUCUCAUCGGACCAUCCCAGCAGCGGCAUGCUCAACGGUAUCUUGGGCGAGGCUCGAAACAACGUACUUUCCAUGUUGGAUAUGACUCUCAGCACGGCCUCAGUGUCAGAGGGUUGGAUGAAGCAGAUCCCGGCCGUUCCUGAGUCGGACGAGGAGAUCUCAAAGGUUGCCUAUCUUCAAGCGCAAGCACUCCUCACAUGCAAGCAAGCAAUGGAAAAGGCUAGGCUCGCCAACAACGCUUUCGUCGACUUUAACCAUUUGGCUCAGCAGGAGCAGGAACGUCUUCAGCGUGAAAUCAGUUUCCUCGGGGACAGGAUCCAAAGCACCCAUGCCCGGGGUGAAGCUGAGCUCCGGGAGAUACUGAGCCCACGCGUCACAGACUUCUUUGACUUUGGGAUUGGUCGGAUGUCGGCUAUGCAGAAAGCCAACGAGAUGCAGAGCCGACUCAGCCAGGAGAUUGAUGAGCUUCAACGCAAAAUCUCGCAGUGUUCGCAGGACCUCCAAAGCGGUCACUCCUUUAUGGGACACACCCAGACUUGGGUUGAGCUCUGCGAGCGCACAAGCGGCAACCUUGGCUCGAUUUACGGAACUCUGAUGUCUGUGAAGUACGGUAUCAAGAUCGAUGCCGCGGCGUACAAGGAGCUGGCGGAUACGCAGUGGGGUCAGAUCCGCAAGGAAGCGGACGAGGUCAAGGCAAUGCUUCAGGGAGGCCAGAACUCGGCGGUGGCUAUGGACAUCGAAGGCCUUGGUGUUGCUGCAGAUGUUGCUGCCGAUUCAGCUUUGGUGCAGAUUGCAUCCCCCACUCCCGUCCUGCUGUCACAGCUUGAGGCCCAGACUAACAACUCGACCAUCGUCUGGGAAAAUAUCGGCAAGCUGCAAAGGCUUACUUACACUGAAGAUAUCGUUGGCUACUUCGACGCUGCUUCUAACCGAAAGGUUACACUCAACGAAGUCAUCCAGAGCAUCAGGAAUGCCUACACCCAGACGGCCGCGCUUCAUUACGGGACCGUUGAGCAGAUCAACACGCUGGCUCUUCUGCAGAGUACCCGUGCGAACAACCUCGCCAGUGGCAAGAUUUCUCCGCAUGUCUUCCUCAAGGGUACCUUCAGCUCAGUCUCCAUGGCACGCAAGCAAUCUGCUCGCGUCAAGUCGCAGCUGGCCAACUCCUCUGCUGAGCUCAGUGGUAAAAUCAAGCUUGUGAAGGCGUCCAUCGGAGAGCUGAAGAAGGCCAUCUCCAGCGCCAACAUUGAUCUCGCCCGCCGCGACAAGGCCUAUCGCGACAAAGUUACCGGCAUCAUUGUUGAAGGAUGCUUGACCGGCUUCGCUACUGGCGGUUUGGUUGCUGCUGCUGCAUUUGCUGCUUAUUCAGGGGUUGCCAUCGCUUCCAUUCCUGCCCUUCUCGCGGCCGGCGGUGUCGUCUUUGGCAAGGACGGCGACAAGAAGGAAGACAAGGAAGAAGGCACGCCGGAUGGUAAGGCUUCCAAUGGAACCAAGGCUACCAACGGCACCAACGGCACCAACGGCACCAAUGGCACCAAUGGCCAUGCGAAGCCCAAGGUCGAGUCGGAUGGGGAGGAAGUUCCCGAGGAGGCUGGAGACAAGAGUGAGGAGACUGCUGCGCCCACCAAGAAGACUGAAAAGGAAAUCCCCAUUCAGAAACGCGUGGAAGCGGCGCAAGACACCUGGACGGCACUCAGCGGAGUGCUUCGAACAGUCAAGGAUGCCGCCAGCGGAACGGAGCUCGGCAAGGCGCUGUUCAACAAGAUGAGUCUCCAGGAACUUGGCAUGCUUGUGCAGUUGGUCAAGACAGCUAUCGUCGUCAUGGAGCGCUCUGUGGCGGCGGUGGAGCACCUCUCGCAGCCACUGGAGGACCUGCUGUCCAGCGUGGCUCAAAUGGCUGACAUUCUGUCCGACAUGGAUACUCGUUGCAGCCAGUACCAGGUGAAGACUGCUGGAGCAUCACUUCAAUUUGGCAAGGAAGAGGCCGAGACAGUCAAGGCCCGCUGGGCUGAGGUUGGUGACGCCGCUGAGGCUUGGCUGGAUGUCUUCAACGCGCAGCGCAUCUCUCCUAUUACCUACAGUGUCGUUUGA